AUGCAUCCUUUCACUUCCCAGCUUUGACGAGAUCCAGCAGUUGCCGUGCCUCUGCUCGGGAGCUGGAAAGUUUGGGUCAGAGAUUUCCAUUGUGCAGCUGUGGCAGCUGCAUGAAACCCCAGCGGAUGCUAAUUGGACCCCGAGACAGUACCAUGCUCCUUUCCCUCUGUACCUUCAUCCUUUGGGCAGCUGAUACAACACAAGAAUCUCUACUUGACUCUACUCCGUCAUGCCCAAGAGAAGUGUCUAUCAAAGGUGGCACCGUGUCGCUCUCAGAUGGGUAUCACCAAGGUAGCACCCUCAUCUAUUCCUGCCCAGAUGGCUCCUAUCCAUACCCAGUGCAAAACCGAAUCUGCCAGUCAGAUGGGAGCUGGACGCCCAUGCGUUCCCCCUCCGGCAGACGUGUGACCCAAGCACUGUGCCGAGACAUGCGGUGCCCUCCUCAGCAGGCCUUUGAAAAUGGCUUUUUCAGCCCGCGACAAAAUUCACAUGCUGUGGGCAGUGCCUUGAAUUUUGAGUGUUUUGAUGGAUACCAGCUGCGCGGUUCAGCUCAGCGGCAUUGCCAGCCCAACGGCCUCUGGAAUGGAACUUCUCCAGUCUGCGAUGAUGGAGCGGGACAUUGCCCAAGUCUCGCCAUCCCACCAGGAGCACAUGCCAGUGGGGGGCAUAAUCAUCUUGGUGAUCGGAUCUCAUUCCAAUGUCUGAAGGGGCUGGACUUGGUAGGGUCAUCCCAACGCGUCUGUACUCCAGAGGGGGAGUGGUCAGGAGCAGACACAAGCUGUAGAGCCCCUUACUCGUAUGAUCGGGCGGAAGACAUUGGAGCUGAAUUUGGAGCCUCAUUAACCAAUGUUCUGAGUGUGGUAUCAUCUGGGUCUGACCAUUCUGGGUUGCCACAAGGGCAGUCUUUAGGACGAAAACUUAUCCUGUCCAAAGAGAGUUUCCUCCAUGUCUACUUGCUUGCGGAUGCCUCCCAUAGUGUCACCAAAAAAAACUUUGAGAUCUUUAAACAGUCCCUGAAAAUCAUCAUUCAUAGGAUUGCCAGCUUCGAAGUGUCCAUCAGGUUUGCUGUAUUCUCGUACGCCAGUCAGCCCAAGAUGAUUGUUGACACGUUUGAUGAUAUAGCUGAAGACCCAGACCUGGUCAUUGAAGAGAUGGAGGAGAAAAUGAAAUAUGAAGACCACGGCAAUGCAACAGGAACCAACAUCCAGGCAGCGCUGAGGGCCGUCUAUGACAUGAUGCUCAGCCAUCGAGCAGCUGACGAAACGCACUGGGAUCAGACCCGCCAUGCCAUCAUUCUGCUCACAGAUGGGAAGUCCAAUAUGGGUGGUUCUCCCAAAAAUGCAGUGAACACAAUAGAGGACUUCUUGGAUGUGAAAGAAAACCGGCAAGACUAUCUGGAUAUCUAUGUCUUCGGUGUUGGAAACCUGGAUGUGGACUGGGAUGCCAUGAACGAGUUGGCGUCAAAGAAGGCAGGCGAGAGGCACGUCUUCAAAGUGGCAGACCCUCAGGAGCUCAAGAAGGCCUUCGAAGAUGUCCUGGAUCCCAGAGACCUGCAGGAUCUAUGUGGUAUGGCAAACAACUCUGCUAGUGCCAUGCCGGAUCAAAAGCAACCAUGGCAUGUAACUCUCCAACAAAAUACGCAGAAAGAACGUAGUUGUCGAGGUUCCUUGAUCUCAAGGACAUGGGUUCUAACAGCUGCUCACUGCUUCAGAUAUUUUAACUACACUCCCAGCUGGAAAGUUAUUCUGGCUGAUGGGAUUGAGUUGCCAAUAAAGAGACGAAUUGACCAUGAAUUAUACAAUGUCCAAGCUAAGGUGGACCAGGGCAUCAAGGAGUUCUACGACUAUGACAUCUCCCUGCUUGAACUGGACAUGCCUGUGCAGUUUGCUGGGAAAACCAGGCCGAUUUGUCUUCCCUGCACUACAGGUGCCAACAAAGCUCUGAAAAAGCCGGAGACCGCAACAUGCAAGGAUCACGAGUCGGACCUGCUGAGUUUCGAAAGAGUACCUGCACAGUUUAUAUCUCUGGACAAUGAGAGAAUGAAUGUACAGAUCAAAACAAAGAAAAGUCGUCCCACAUGUAUUUCUGAAGCUAUUCAACAUGAGCUAUACUCCAAAGUGGCCAAUGUCUCUGAAGUUGUGACAGACCGAUUCCUGUGCAGUGGGAAAGAUGAAAAUGGUGUGGUGGAGGAUGCAUCAUGCAAAGGUGAAUCUGGAGGUUCAUUGUUUGUAGAGAAGCGGGCCAGAUAUGUUCAGGUUGGCGUGAUCAGCUGGGGUACAUUUGAUCCAUGUAAAAAUAAGAUAAAAGACACUGACACUGGACACACAAUUCGAGAAACACCUAAGCUGGGUCGGAAGCCACGAGAUUUCUACAUCAGUCUGUUUCGUGUGCAGGACUGGCUGCGGCAUCACCUGGCCGGCUCCUUGAGAUUUAUCCCUCAGCAGUGAUUCCUCACCACCACCAAACUCGUUGUUUAAGUUACCUAGUAUUCUUCCUGUCAAGUGUUGCCAAAACGAUAGUCUCCACGAUGCAUAAUAAUAAAUAAAAAAACCUUGGUUAAA